AAACUGUGGUCAUGUAUGGGACUGUGUUGUUUGCCACCGUUUGACGCUGCUACUCGGACUUGUUGGCUGGCUCCGGUGUCUGCUUCUAAGCUGCUGCUGCUGCUGCUAUUCGGGUUGUUGUUGUUGUUGUUUUGCGCGCGCGUGUGUAUCGCUGCAGUUCCAGGGCCGGCUAUACUGUCCCAACUAGUAUUAAGUUUCAGGCAGUUAGCAGACGCCAUAAAAGCAAAGCGGCUGCUUGUGGCAGCCAGCCGCAGACCGUUGCGGUGGUAGCAGUAGCGCGACGUUGUAACAGGCACAGCGGAGUACACCCAUGGACCCAACACAGAAAAACGGCGAAGGGAUUUGUGUGGGUGUGUAUAUGGUUGUGUAUCUGUUUGCCACUUCUGCCGUUCAGACAUAGACAAGGAAAGCUACGGACUAUUCUCGCCAGCUGAAACUGCAGCACUGUCAGCGGCUCGUGUAAUAUCUUGUAGACAAAUACGCGGAAGGGACAGCGUACAAAUAAGAGAGAUUACCGUUCGACCAAUGACAGGCCAAGACAGUAGCCAAUAGAAUCCUCCGCUUGGAGCCACGUUCCUGGUCGAUUAUCUAGCGAGUCUGGCACUCGGUGCCGGUGAUGCGAGUAUCAGAAUUCGUUCGAAAGGACUUAUACCGUUUCAGUAUUAGUCGAACUGUGGAACUGCGUGAGAUCAUGAAUGGAUGUAGACUAUUAUCACUGGGUACGCUGUCUGUCCGCUUCUUCUAGGUGCCUGCCCGUUUCCCAUUUUCCCUUUUAACAGUCUCCAGAGUGGCUAGGGGGUGUUCGUCCCGACUGAUGCUCCUUGGCUACCAUUCACUCUAAAGUUAGGUAACAAAAAUAAGAAAUGCUGUUUAUUUCCUGCUAAUGUUCCUGUAGAAACGUUACUCGAUCAAUUUUCAGUCGUUCUAGAACCCCUCUUCCUCAGUAUUCAAGCGACGGUAAAAGUAACGAAGGCCAUUAAAGCGAGAAGAAGCAUCACUAUCUCUCAUGCAGUAGCCUUCCUUAAGGAAAUUACUGCAGAUUCUAGGUUGCCCGAUCGACAGACAGCGACCGCGUCGGGUUGCAUAGCAAAAAAAUCUCCUUGUGCCAUCUACACAAUACUUUCGUGCAGUAUAUAUUGUUCCCCUAUGUCGGGCGUAGGCGAGUCCGUGCAUGCGUGUUUGCCCCUUGUCGGAUAGAGGUUUCAGUGGGAGUCAGUACUGUUCGGGACAAAUACCGUGUCCCUCGGCAAAAGAGGGCCUUGGGUUGUUCCCUUUACUACUAGACAAUUUAGCCUGUGGGGUAGUAGUACACAGAGAAGGUGCGUGUAUUAGCCUCAGAAAACUGUUUCCUUUGCUAACCCCAUUUGGAAAGAUAAGUGUGAAUACGGCUUCGAGCACUGGCAAAAAGAUUACGGAGUACUGGCGAGUGUCACCAGUAGAAGUGGUAGUUUUAGCGGUGGAAAGGGGUGAUUAGAAUCAACACGCAGUGAGACUGUAAACUGCAGUGUGGCCAGUCUGCCUUGGCCUGUUUAGUAAAACGAACUCUUAUAAACCGUGUUCUUCGACGGCAUGGCGCACCGACCUAGCAUCGAACAGCUGGUCGGCCCGCACCUCGCGGCUUACGAUGCCCUCUACCAGCAAAUUGACCCAGCCGGAGUCAACCAUAUUGAGGCAAUGGAGGCAGCCGCUUUCCUCAAGCGAAGUGCGCUUCCAGAUAGUAUACUUAGAGAUAUCUGGGAACUGGCAGAUCCGGAUCAAAAAGGGUUUUUAGAUCGGUAUGGCUUUUUCGUUGCACUCAAGCUCAUAGCACUGGCCCAGUCCAACGUGACCCCCUCUGAGGCCGCGUUAAUACAAGCUGAAACACCUGCGCCGCGCCUUCUCAACACGCCACCCGCCAUCGACUGGUCGAUUCAGCCUGAAAACCGAGCGAAAUAUGAGCAAAUGUUCCACACUCUCGGACCACAAAAUGGACUACUUCCGGGAAACAAAGUGAAACCGGUAAUGCUAAACUCCAAGUUACCCGUCGAUGUACUCGGCCGGAUAUGGGACUUGUCGGAUCAAGAUCAGGACGGAUCGCUCGAUAUAGAUGAGUUCGUGGUCAGCAUGCACUUGGUUUCUAAGGCGCUCAGGGAGAAUGCCCCAAUACCGAUGUCCUUACCGCCGCAACUCGUCAAGACAAAACCUCUGCCAACUACCACAACCACAGUCGUCGAUCCUUUGUCACCGCUGGCACAGCAAGCGAACAACGCAGCUGCUAUUUCAAACCCCAUACCUUCGUGCUACACUGCACCCGCUGCACCCUCGCCGGUGCCUACGAGUGCCACGAACAAUGGCGCGACGCCUACUCCACCUCAGGUGGCGCCCAGCGCUAACUCACCCCCAACCGUGUCGAUGCCUCCAGUUAAGGCCGGAUCUCCAACGCUACCAAACGGCGAGACGAUGAUGGACCUCGAGCGAGAAAAGCACCUAAAACUGUUUCGGCGACUAGAUACAGACAAUGACGGCCUAGUCAACGGCGCUGAUUGUAAACAGACCUUACUUGACACCGGUUUGCCGCAACAGGACCUUGCGUUCAUCUGGGGUUCAGUGGAUACAGGACAGACUGGACGGUUAAACAGUGGCCAGUUUAUUCAAGCCAUGAUUUUGGUAGAUGAAAAACUGCGAGAGCGUAACAAGCCGACCGGGAAUAAAGAGCUCGACGCGCUAAAUGAAGAGAUCCGUCAGCUUCAGACUGAAAAACGUAUCAUUCAAGAGGAAGUCGACGGUGUCGAAGCGGAAGCAAAACGUCGAGAAGCCGAAGUUGCGGCCGCGCGACGAGAACUCGAACAGCUCCAGGCGAUGCUCCGACAGCUGGAGUUGCAGAAACGUGAAGCCAAUAAAAAAUUGGCAGAGCUCGGCGUACAAAAGGGAGCCCUCGCACAACGUCUCACUGAAACCAAGGCCCAGUUGACUGACGAAAAAGGAAAAGUGGCACAGCUACGAAAGACGUUUGAAGAGGAAAAAGCGCAGAUUGAGGAGUCGAUGAACCAACAGGACCCCAAAGAAGCUGAAAUGGCCGAGGAACUUAAACAGAUCCAAGAAGAGAUUGAGUCACAAAAGUCGACCAUGAAGGAGCUCAACGAGCGGCACGAGGCCGCCAUGGCAAAGCUUGCUGAGGAGGCAGGCUUUUCUUCGGACCCUUUCGGAGGGCAAGAUCCAUUUGCCGGACAAGAUCCAUUUGCCAUAACCGGGGAGCCGGUUCGUUCGACCUAUUCGUUUGGUGAUCAGGAUCCAUUCGCCGUACCGUCAACGGGAGGAGAUGCGGCGAGUGAUCCCUUUGGGGAAGACCCAUUCGCGACGUCAAGAGCAAGCCCAACACCUGCUUUGCCGCCUAAAUCGAAGGGAGGAAGUAGUAAUAGUAGAGCUCCCCCGCCCAGGCCAGCGCCCCCCAGCAGGCCCCAGGGGCCCACUAGGGCGGCACCUGCUCCACCUAUUCCACCUGCACCCACAUCUGUGACAGUUUCUAGUGGCUUUAGCAACGAUCCGUUUGCCCCGACCGGAGAAGCCUCAGCAGUUGCGCCGCAACAAAGCAGUGACGGCUUUGCCAACUUUGACGCGUUUGGUGCCAGUGCGUUCUGAUUAAGUAACAAUACCAGCUAAAUAGAAGAAUGCUUAAGUUAACGAUGACGUUGAAGAAAGAGUAGUUCAUUUCUACAUCGUGCUGUAUCAUAAGUAUUGUUCGAGUAAACAGGAAGGGAGGCCGAUGAAAUGGCUAGCAACAAUCGCAAGAUGGUAAUGCAUGGAGACGACAUAAUGUGCGAUAAUAAAAGUGCUGGAUUAAAUGAAAUCAAAGGAUAAAACCAAAAUCGACGGCCUCUCUUAUGAUAGCCAGCAAUGGAUUCUUCGGCAGUAGGAUAGGUCCUUGCCUGGGAAAGAUUUUCGCCUGAUUUAUGCCCGCGCGCAUAGAUAUUCAAAAGUUUAAAACUGCAACUUGCGCAACUACAAUAUUUGCUCUACCAGUUGAUACUGAUAGGCACUUGAUGAAUUAAAAAUGAUGAAAGUAUUAAUUUCUAUCAUAAAUAUAAGCAAAUUUACGAUGCGAAAGAAAAACAUGGCCAAAAACGCAAAACGGAAAAUUCGUCGAUCUUAUCUUCUGUAGUGAAUCUGUGAAUCUGAACCACACAGAUACACACACAACAGUGCCGAAGAAACGGGUGAACGAUAACAAGAUGGACUCAGUGGAAACGAUCGAUACCUGAUUGAUGCAUGCGCAAUGAUAACAGUUCGAGGUAAAUUGACAACGACGUGCCUAAGACACGAACGACAAGUAGAUGUAAGAAAGAAGACGCCUUUAAUUCAAAUGCGCCUCCGCGCAUGUUUAGCAAAGACACACCUAGUCACGUAAGCUCGCAGAAACACUUGUGACUUUGCUGAACAGGCGUGAACAUAAAAAAAUAAAUGUGGCAGAACCAACUAAAGUCUGACUAUGUUGUUGGCAUCGCAGCUUAAUUGGGCUACUGUUGCGCGCCCAUCGUUUAUAAUCGUAAAGGUUAAUUGCUGCAAGAUGAUGAAAACACCGACCUUGAGGUUAAUGGCGUAUUGAGGUGCUUUUUGUUUAAUCUCAAUUAUCCAAUAAUCAGCUAUUCGUUUAAUAAACAAAUAAUUUCAAAAAAGCGCCUUAAGAAUUAUGGACCACUUUCGAGAAUGUAGAGUAUUUCAGAUAUAAAAAAAGAAAGAUCCGAUUAGCUGUGUCGCCUUGGCGUCUAUUCUUCUGAAGAAAGGCUCAGAAAAAUCUUUUCGUUUACUGCAAGUCUUUCUCGAUACUUGAUAUCACCAUAUAUAUAUCGGCAAUAUUUUUGGCUAACUUCGCCGAAUUUGCCCAUCUAUAUGUAUAUAUUUGUGUAUGUUGUAACCCCACCGGCGGUUUUUCUACCCAGCGCCUAUAUUAAUUCAGAACCCGAUUAUCGUUAAACGUUGCAUAUUGGUCGCGAAUCGCUUUACGGCUCGUGUUAUCUGAUGUUUGUUGUGCGUUUCGUUUAUUGAAUAUUCGAUAGCGUACCUCCGCCGCGCGCUCAAAGCUGGAUAGAGAUAUGUUGCUGUACUGACGCAAAUUUAACGCGAAUAAUCGUCGCGUUUUUGAAACGAACGAAUUACGAAACGCAACGAAACGUUUCGUGGUAUCGUUCAUGCGGAUGAAGUUAGUGAAGUGAUAGCCGGCUACUACCGGCUUUGUGCUGGCUUUGUCACGCUUUAUGAACAUGCCUGCGACCGAAACGUUGAUCAAAGAGAUGCUAUAGAACUCUUAGUAACUUUGAAAUACCAGCACUAUUCUGUUGUCAGUGACUGGCUAGUCCUACAUUAGCCCAUUUAGUAGCUUUGCCAUUUCCGUGACAUCUGUGUAUGCCAAGGAUACUCUGAGACUAUGGUAAGAACAAAUCGUGAAUAAUGGGUAUUUUUUUGUACAGUAUGCGUACGGCACAAUAAUAUAGUUUAAUCAAACGGCCUUAUCAUGAGGUCUUGGCAUAGCUUCUUGCAUGACCUGUAUUCAGUUAUAGGAUAUAAAACAUAUGAGAAUCCUGUACGUAUAACAGUGAUAAUGUGAUGUAACACAACAGCAGCUCUAGAACUAGGGCCUACGAUAGAAAAUCGGAAAAUGACCACACAUGAUUGUGAAACAACAGACAAAGACGUGGAAAAAUACACAUUGCGGUUGUUAAGAAAUUAUCUAUAUCUUUACGUAUUCUUUGGCUAAUCAUAAACAGAAGACCCAGUAUCAAUGAUAUCAUAAUUAUUGCAGAAACGUUUCAACAAAGGUGCGACAGACAUGGCUUGCAAAAAAUACUUCAGACGUUUAAGAAUUAAAUACACGAACAGCCAUUGUGGGUCAGUCACAUGUACUAGUCGAACUCGAUCGGUUCACAAAAAAGGCUCAUUGCAAGUGAAUCCACUUAACUGGAAACAUGCUGGCCAGUAGCGCUCCAACAGUCCUUAAACCAGGCCGGUACUGGGAUGACUGCGGUGCUACGCCAAGAUAUCCGCUUCAGCAAGUGUUUCAAAACUUCCUGAGUCGUCCCGACCUUCACGAGAUUCUUCAUAGAGCACAUUACCAGACUCCACAACACCUGCCGCAUACUGCCGCCAUGUCACAACCGCACUCCGACAUGCGUGAACUCCCUCCACUGCAGUAGUUUAGAAGCAUAGCAACAUACAAACACUGAAAGACUUCGGAUGGACGUAGCGAGUGAAGUCUGAAGUUACAUACAAACUAAACGAAAGAUAAUCGCCGAAAGAUACAUAAAUUGCUACGUAAACGUAGCUAACGACCUUCAACAACACCGUAUAGGUGGUCGCAUAACAUCAUCUCCAGUCGGUAUGAUAUCGGCUUCAAAACCGAAUAUAGUAGGAAUAGUAUUGAUAAUAAUAUACCUAAUAUCAAAAUAAUCCUAGCGAUAUAAUGACGAUAUUGACGAAAAAAAAAGCGAAAUGCUGCAGAGAAUCACUUUGUGAAUACCAUAAUCCUUUACCCAGAUGUGCCCCUUCUACCGCCAAACUAAAUGUAAUCAACAUGGUAAUGCCGAAUACAUUUCGCUAUAGCAUUAUAAACAGAACACAUGAUAGGUGAAGUUGAUUGAGCUGUACACAGUGAGCUAUAAGCCCAUCAUCCGAUAAUUGCAAGCUAUAUCGAUAUCGCUGUACUCAUAGGUUUGCCUAUAUACUGCUAAUAUGUGAGUGGAAAUGAAAAACAAGAAAACAAAGAAUCAUCUUAUAUAUAUAUAUAUAUAUAUAUAUAUAUAUAUAUAUAUAUAAAACGAUGUAGCAGAGCAGAAAAUAUGCGGCUUAUCGAUUUUCCCUCGAUCCUCACAUCCUAUAUCAGUUCUAUCAUCGCGCGCAUGCCCUCGUUCGAAAACAAUAGAUCGACUGUGUUUUCAAUAACGAUACCGCAGCGUGUGACAGAAAGAAGAAAAUUGUCAAAUGCGAUAAUGCGAGUUCGGUGCGCCGUCGGGUGACGUAUGUCGUCCACCAAUUAUUCGAAAUUUAGUCUCUAAACGAUAACAUACACGAACGUUUAGAAAGCAUACAUCCUUACAAAACAAUUCGAUGUCGUCCGAUUAAAGGGCAAUGAAGACAGAAAAAGAAUCAGUUGAAAAUCAUAUUGAAGAUACUAAUGCUAAUGUUAAAGUGCCACAAGGCUAAGACCCGUGGUAUAACAAUAAACAACCCUAUACCCCCAUCGACUUUCGAAUAGUCAACUCCGAGUACGGUAUUAGAUAGUACCGAUAAGUGGAUCUAUAAGUACUUGGUAUUAAUGUUUUGCCAAUUAUUUUCAUUAUUUUGAACUCGUUUGUUGAUCCUCGAACUCGUAGCCGCUUCUGCCUCUUAUGGGCAAUACGGACAUUCUACUAAUAGAAGACUGACGCAAAUAGAAUCAUGGUUAGGCGACAAAACGGAUCACUACCAGCAAUUCACGAGUUUUUAGCAGUUGUUGCGCAUGAUGCGCGCAUUGUUAUUUUUCAGUAAACUUUUCUAGUCCAUUUGACCUAAAAAACAAGAUACGAUUCACUCUGAUCCAUUACGCAAGGAGCGAGUGACAAUGUGACGGGGUAGGGUACGAAAAACUAGCAUUGCGAUUUGUUUCGCUUUUCUUCCGACCGGUGUCGUUAGACCUGCUUGACUUAAAACAGCGCACUGUACAUUUUCACACUAAUGACAUCAGUGUAUCAGAUCGGCUACUAUAUGCUCAUUGUUGUUAAGGCUGGCCAAUAACAUACGAUCAUAUCAUCGACGUUGUUUGUCUUUUUCCGUCUUUCUUUUCCCGUUGUCUUUUACGGUACAUCCUUUCGUAGUAGGCAUACUUACGUACUCAAUUCAUAUCAUCGUAUAUGAACUGUAUGGCAUUUUAUCAUACUUCGAGCGCCGUGGAAAGUGAUCGGUUUUUAUAUGUUAUUUACAGCUACUUGGGGAAAAUCUCUUGAAUAUUCGCUUACACAUUAUAUAAUACAUAAUUUACGUAAUUACACCCAUGAACCAAUUAAAUAUUGGCAAAUGCUCUUAUGGUGUGUAUGUGUGACUCACUUGUAUAGCAACGUUUAUGAACAUCCGAGAAAAACAUAGCAUAUGAAGGCCAAAAUGUGUGCCGGCACAAAAACAUAACGAAAUUAAUUUGCGCCGCUGCAUCACGCAUAAAUAAAAAUCCUUUCCACACAUUUUUCGAUGUUUGUUUACCAAACUUAAAAAGUCAAAUUUUCCAACUUCUAAAAGGUCAGUGUGGUGUGCGCAUUAAGCAAACGCAUGCCUACUUUAUUAAAUCGACCAACAGUUACCCUAAUAAAAUGUAAUAAGGUUUUAACUAGGAACUCCGGAUUUAAAUUUAUUAAUAAACUCGGAAUGCGAGUUACUAAUAUUACCUUAUAUUUAGUAUGCAAAAAAAAUCAACUUCAGUACUUCGGUGGGCCAUGAUUUCGCCCUGUUAAACGUAACCACAAAUCGGCCAAACAAUCUUCGCGUUAAGCUUUGUCAGAGAAGACCCUUAUUGUACCACAUUUUACUAAGGAGUAUUUCACAGACAACAAGCGUUCCAUCAAAUCAAUCAAAAGAUACAAAAGAGAUGAUUUGGAGUUCUUUUGGCUAAUUAAAUCAUCCUUAGAUCCGCUGACUCUACGGAGUUUGUAAGAUUAGUCAUGGUUGAAGUAUUGUUUCAUCCAAGAUCUAAAUCUGAACAGAAAGUUUGCAACACGAAUUCGAGUAGACAAACGACUACGAUCAAAUUUCAGUUCACGUAAGGCGUUGAGCCUUAUAUACUUUUUCAUUCAACUUAUAGCCAACGGACCUAACUUCGUUGAAUGCCUUUUCGUCGGUGGCGGAUUCAUCAGCAUUAAGUAUUCAAGCACGUAAUGCCACUCGACAAAGUCGAUGCCACACGCGUUAUUUCCCUUCCACGCACAUUAUAUAGACUGUAUAUAUAAUACAAACAGGUAUAGAAUAUGCAUGCAUAUAGAUAUAUGAAAGUAUAUAUAUAUAGUAAUAUAUAAAUAUAAUAAUAUGAGCGACCUUGAUAAAAAUUAGUUCAUACUGUAAGCUAACAUAUGAAUACAUUUAUAUAUAUAUAUAUACAUGACUGAACAAAGGCUGAAUAGAAAUAACAGAAUAAGUCGCCCCGAUAUAGGCGAUCAGUGGUUAAAAUACACGUAAAACAAUCUGCGAAGUGGUGCUCGAUCACAAAAAAAAAAAUGACUAAUACAUCACAUCACAUCACAGAUAAAGCCUCGAAUAGAUACAUUUCCAUAAAUUCGAGAUACCGAUAGAACGAUGCAUGAAUCUACAUAACACACUGAGCGCACACGUGGUUAAUAGACGCGGUGGAUGGUAUUGAAGAAAGCAAACCCAAUUGUUACUAUUAUUAACCAUCAUUAACAAUAGCAUCAGCCUAAACAGAAAAAAAAAAUAUGCGAAAAGCAAACAGCUAAACUAAAAGCAAAAAAAAUUUAGUUCACAAGAUAUCACAAAUAUGUCCAUGGUUUUGCCAAUCUUUCGAGGAUAAACCAGGUUUGGCGCCUAACAAUGAAGUUCCCGCUUCUACGCCGUGACGUGAAAAGAUAAUUGUAAACCACCAGGCUUGAAAUUUUAAUCCGAUCACACUCUCUUCUAGCCUAUAGAUGAAAGAAAUGACGAAAAAAACGACGGAUCAUAUUACAGAAGUGAAUAUUAUGAACGCUUUGAUCGGGGGGCAGCGCACACCGAUGUAUGGUCGCGGACGAAUCUUUAUUUACGUUCGGACAACCAUUAUUAACGAAAAACACCAAGUAAGCAACGACAUCUAGAAGCAUUCACAAGUAAUCAGAUAAAUAAUAAAAAAAUUAAAUGAUACCCGAAAAAAUCGUCUGAAACAAAGUCGUAUGUAAGAGAUAGAAAACGCAUCGUGUUCCACACAGAACAGGACGAGCUCGGAGUAACAGGAACUACCCAGAAACAAAAUCAGUUCACAUAAAGUGUUGUGCAACACUGCAAACCGCAUAGGUUUCUCAGUCCCAGUUCAUAAACAGGAAAGUACCGAGUACAGAACAAAAUUAAACAUCAUAAAUGAAUAAUAAAAACUCGAUUAGAAAAACAAGGAUCUAAUACAGCUACUAAUUUACAAUUCAGUAUUGCAGCAGAAGUUCGGACUAAACAAUGCAAUAAGAUUAAGAUUCAGCUGUAUAUUCCAUUAUGUUUAAGUGUUCUGAUUUAAAUUAGUGGACAGAUGGGGCGACAGUACCAUGUCAGAUUCUCAGAAGACAUUGACGUAUGUGGCAAUAGAAAAAUGGCUGCUGGUAUUAACAUUUUAUGAUAAGGAUAAAACUGCACCUUCGUGGAAGUGCACAGAAGAUUCACAGCGAAUUAUUGUUGAAAGCGAAAUGAGAAAAAGUGUGUCAUGUUCUACUAUGAUGACAAAGACGGAACGGAGGAAUGUGUCGAUAAUGCAAACGUGCUGCAGAGUAAAGAAUGUAGUAAUCUAGUUACAAAGUGAGUAAUACCUAAUACUCUUUAUGAUGCUAGCUAAAUGUACCGCGUAAGACAAAAGGAGAAGACAUAGCCGAGUUAGGAAAAAUAAUAAUGCAUGAUGCACAGUUUAUGAUGACGGUGAUUAUGAUGCAGGAACAACAAAACAAAAAAAAAUUGAUGCAGAUGAUUGGAGUCGAAAUAACAGGUGAUUAUGGUAUAUCAAAAUAAACAACUAGCUACAAUAUAUGAGUGCGAUAAAACUC